UAAGCCAAGGAUUUUUGCACCUUUUGUUCCAUAUUAUCGUCGUGACCUUCUGUUGCAAGGCUAGAUGAGGUAGUUCACGAAGUAGUGUGGAGCCAACUUCAUGGGAUGCAGCCAUGACAGCUGACAGGGGGCCACAGUCUUCUGCUCAGUCAAUCACAUGGAGCGUGGAAAACGAAAUUCACCUGUUUGAUGCAAUGACUGGCUACAAACCUGUUGGGGUCAACAAACAUUUCCAGAUGCUGAUGAUACUGGAGCGGUUCUGCUCGCGAGUGCGACAAGACGUGCCUGCUGCGGUCAUUUGGGAUCGGCUGAACCAGCUAUAUGACAUGACUGCUCUGGACGAGCUGGAGAAUCUGCCGUUCCCGAACAAGCAGUCGGAGUUCGGCCUCCCUGCCGACGAAUUCGACAGCCUGAUGCAGGAGAAGCUGCGCGGCGGAGAGCAGCGCGACGACGAGAGGACCCGCGACGACGGCAGACGACCCAAGACCAAGGAGGACAGGGGGGCCGGCGCCACGCGGGAGAAGCGGAAAGGCGACGCCGGAGACCAGGUGCGGCGCGCUCCGAAGCGGGCGGCGCGCGACAGCAUGGGCAAGGCGGGCAGCCCGGCCGGCACGUCGCUCCCCAAGCGGACGCGUCGCAUCUGACCGCGCCCCGCUCCGGGCGCCGGCUACACAGCGUUUUCGAGCGGUGUU